AUGGACAUCCGCGACCCUGCUUCAUGCAAGGCCCCAGAUAUCCUGGCUAGCUGGGGUCACGGCAUCAAUGGCAUCAGUGGUGGUUGGGCGCUCCGGCCGUACCUACUACUAGCUGGUGGCGAGUUGCCGACACUUAGACUGUACGAUCGUCGUCGGAUGCAAGCACUCCAGUGUGGUACUACUACUGCAUCAUGUGUUGUGAGUGAGCUCCAAGGACCUGAUACUGCUAAUUCUGAUAGUGACUUGGUUGACCUGUGCGUCAGUGGUGUAUGCCUAUCCCAAACAGGUAGAGUAGCUGUCGGGUCGUGGAUGAAUGGUGAGGGUAUUUAUGCAUUUGAUGUCGAUGCCCCCAAUGAGCCCCUCGGCCCUCCCUUCAAAGGCCACGCUAACUUCCGUACAGUCAAGGAGGUAUCACUAGUAGGCCUCAAUCAGGAAUAUGUUGCUAGUGGUAGUGAUGAUGGUAAUUGGUUUGCAUGGCGAUUGCGACAUGAACCUUUCGAGGGUAUCACCGAAUUUCCAGGCAGUCUGCCUUCCCCUCCAGUUGAAUGCCCCAUCGACUCUAGGCUUGCCUUUGUAGGUCUUGAAGGAGACAUGGAGGUCGUCAACUGUGUCCAACAGCACCCGACUGAACCAUGUAUAGUUACUUCUGGUAUUGAGAAUGAUAUCAAAGUAUGGCAUCCUGAGCGUACCAACUAUCGGGAGAAACUACCCAUUCGGGCGGACCCACGGCUUCGGCAGAUUAUUACUCGGAACCUCACCCAUUCGGCCGACUCCCAUGGUCUUAGUAAUUUCCUCCUCACCAUACUGCGCCGCCGCUUCCCUCACGCCCACAACCUUCAGAGGUUCGGUUCCACCGUAGUAUUUACUCGCUCGCCCGCUUCCGACAGCGACUCCUCUGAACCCGUCAGUGACGCCAGCCCGGGCGAGUCGAUAACCGGUGGUUCUACAUCGUCGGACACCUCAUAG